CUCGCGAGAUUUCCCUGAGUUGAGUUGAGUGAAUGCCACGUCUUACCAGCAGCAUUAACGCAGACUGAAUAUCAGCAGUUUUCCACGCAGAACAGAGAGUCACACCGUGGCCCAGCAGGCAGCGAUAUCUAACGCUAUACGGGGAUAAUAUGGGCUGUGUACGUCUGCUGGUACUGACACUGGCCACAUCUGCAGUGCUGCUUUUAGCCUCUCAUUCAGCCUCCGCUCACAGCCAUUCCCACGGUGACCAUGGUCACGCCCACUCCCAUGACCACCAUCACCAUGGCCACCAUCACCACGGCCACCAUGACCACGGCCACUCCCACGGUGGCGAUGAUCAUCACGAGCACUCUCAUGGCCCUGAGGUGAGGAUGUUCCACGGGGCGAGCAAGUGGAGCGCUGAGGCCAACCUGCCGACGCAUGAAGAGGAGCACCACGGGCACGCUCACGAUCACGGGCACGCUCAUGCUCACGAUCACGGGCAUGCACACUCUCAUGAUCACGGUCAUGGGCACGCUCAUCAUGAGGAUGUUGUUCGAGUCCACAAGGAGGACAGCGGACAUGGACACGCACAUGGAGGGGAGAGAAUGAAGAGGGACAUGGUGGAGCUCUGGACUCAGGCUAUCGGAGCCACGCUGCUGAUCAGUGCAGCUCCUUUCCUCAUCCUGUUUCUGAUCCCAGUUCAGUCCAAUAGCGACCAACACCAGAACCUGCUCAAGGUGCUGCUGAGCUUCGCCUCUGGUGGGCUGCUGGGAGAUGCCUUCCUCCACCUCAUACCACACGCUCUGGAGCCCCACUCCCAUCAUGGAGAUGGAGAUGGAGAUCAUGGACAUUCACAUGCAAAAGAAGAGUCACAUGACCACGGUCACUCCCAUGGAGCAGCCCACGGUCACAUGAUGUCGGUGGGUCUGUGGGUUCUCGGUGGGAUCAUCGCCUUCCUGGUUGUAGAAAAGUUUGUGCGUCUGCUGAAGGGAGGACACGGCCACGGACAUUCCCACGGUCACUCGCAUGCUGCCCCAAAGGAAAAGGACAGCGAUGGGGAGGAAGAAAAGGAAAAAAAGAAGAAAGAGAAGGAAAGCAAGGAUGAGAAAGUGCCAAAGAAAGAGGAGAAAAAGAGCUCAGAUAUCAAGGUGUCCGGUUACCUGAACCUGGCAGCUGACUUCACCCAUAAUUUCACCGAUGGCCUGGCAAUCGGAGCUUCGUUCCUGGUCGGUCCAGCAGUGGGCACCGUCACCACCGUCACCAUCCUGCUGCAUGAGGUCCCACAUGAGAUUGGAGACUUCGCCAUCCUUGUCCAGUCUGGCUGCACCAAGAAGAAGGCCAUGUGUCUACAACUGCUGACAGCCCUCGGAGCUCUGGCCGGGACGGCUUGUUCCCUGUUGGCUGAAGGCGUCGGCGCCGCUGCGACCGCCUGGAUUUUGCCCUUCACGGCUGGCGGGUUCGUUUACAUCGCCACGGUGACGGUGCUCCCGGAGCUGCUGGCGGGUCGCUCCAGCUUCGGCCAGUCUCUGAUGGAGAUCCUGGCGCUGCUGUUCGGGGUCGGCAUGAUGGUUCUGAUCGCAGAGUACGAGUGAGACGCUGCGGAGCGGACAGAAACGUUGUACAGCGUGAGACAGGGAGGGAGAGAACAGCGAGACCGAGAGGGAAAAGGUCAAAAUGUUUAAAAAGGCGGUUUUAGGUAGAGUUCAGGUGGAGUAUUUUUGACAGGGUUGUGUUGUCCUGUUUUUUUUUUUUUAAAAUUGAGCUGUGUUUUGGGACAAACACUACCACCUGAUGGAGAACAGAGGAUUUUUGUUGUCUAGUAUUUUUUUUUUUUUAGCAGUUCAAGGGCACAUCCCUGAUUUGUGUUACUAUUUGUUUUUGAGAGGAAAAUCAGCAAAAGAGACUGAGAGCUGGAAUGAAACAAAUGGAUUGAAAGGUCCUUGAGGAGGAAGAGGAGGAGGAGGAGGAGGUGGAAGAGGAGGCCGCCGCCGUCAGAGCAGGAGGUGGAAUUCUUCUGUACACUACUUUAAAAAUUCACUCGCCACUUUCGCGACACGGACCAUCCAGCUGUAGUUUGCCUGCAGCUUAAACUGACAACUAGUUCCCUCCAAAAGUGGCUUAAAUUAUAUCAGUUUUCCAGCCAAAACAUCAGAGUUUCUCUCAUUCGACUGGCUGGUUUUCAGAUCUACAUUUCAGAGUUGGGUCAGUGAAUGCGAACGUCCGAUUCGCUUGCUUUCUCCGAAGCGACCUGCUCAGUUCCGUGUUUAAUGUCCGUUUCCUUCGAAGAUGCUGAAUGUCGAUAUUUUAACAUUCCACACAGUAAAGGUAAAUGUUGUGGCUUCUGCACAUGUUUGUAAAAUGGCCUCAUGUUUCCUGUCAAAUCAAUAAAAUCUGCAUUGUUGUUGUUUAUAAAAGCAAGAACGGCCAAUUUUUUUUCCCCCCACUGAUGUAUGAGAGAACGAUGACGACACUUGAAGCUGUGCUGAACAUCCCCAAUAAAGGUUCAUUAUUUUCAAAGUGA